AUAAUCUGAGUGACGAUGUGGACGGGGAAGAUUAAUAAACAAUAGCAUAGCAUAGUAUUAAUCAACAUUUAAAUUUAGCAUAAAUAAUGAAUAUGAAAUGAUACAGUGGAUCUUGGCUUGCCAUGGCUGAUCUUCUCUCUCUUUCUUUGAUUCUAUUCUUCUACUUCUUACUCUCUUCUUCACAAGAUCUCUUCCUCUUUGUUCAUGCCGAAUCUAACAACAAUCUCACUGUUACGCCAAUCAACUACGAUCUCUAUCAUUCCAGUGGGAGUUUGAUGCAUGAGAUCAAGGCCUUGGUACAUCGUCACCCGAAUAAAUUCAGUAUGGAGACAGUUAAAGCUGGAAACAAAGGCUACGGUGCUGAGAUUGCGGUGGUUACUUAUUGCAAGGGAAAGAGAGAUAGCCCCGAGAAGCCAAAGCUUCGGAUCCUUCUUAGUUUUGGACAGCACGGAAGGGAGCUGAUUACCUCAGAACUUGCUUUAAGGAUUUUGUCUAUUCUUAGUGAAGAAAAACUUCUACCUGGCAUGGAUCAAGCUUCCUUAAACAGUAUACUUGACAAGGUUGUAAUAAAGGUGGUUCCAAUGGAAAACCUUAAUGGCCGCAAACUUGUUGAGGCUGGAGAUCUCUGUGAGAGAAGAAAUGGCAGAGGAGUUGAUCUCAACCGGAAUUGGAGUGUAGAUUGGGGCAAAAAGGAAAAGGAUUAUGAUCCAUAUGAGGAGAAUCCAGGAACUGCCCCAUUUAGCGAGCCUGAAAGUCAAAUAAUGAGGAAACUGGCAGUAUCUUUUGAACCACAUAUAUGGGUCAAUGUGCACUCUGGAAUGGAGGCUCUUUUUAUGCCAUAUGAUCACAAAAAUACAACACCUGAGGGAUUGCCAUUGCAACGGAUGAAGUUGUUGCUUGAAGAAGUAAAGCAGCUUCAUUGCCAAAAGCGUUGCGUAAUUGGGUCUGGAGGUGGUUCCGUAGGGUAUUUUGCGCACGGGACAGCAACUGAUUUCAUGUAUGACGUUGUGAGGGUUCCCUUGGCCUUCACCUUUGAGAUAUAUGGUGAUGGAACAGCUUCAUCAAGAGACUGUUUUAAAAUGUUUAAUCCCACUGACCUUGCUAGCUACGAUACGGUUCUCAAUGACUGGUCUGCAGCUUUCUUUACAAUUUUUAAAUUGGUACCACACCAGCUUGGUGAGAUCCAAUCAAAAGCGUCUGUCUUUAAGUUGGAUAAGUUAGUAUCAAUAGAUGAAUAUCUAGAUGGGUAUUUGAUGGAGAGGAGAAAUAGAUAUGGAAAAAAGAUGGAGGUACUUGAGCUUGGAAUGCAAGAAAUUAGAACAUAUUAUAGGCUCUUUUUACUAUCUUCAGUUUUACUGCUGUGCAUGUUCUGUUCUAGAAUUUCAAAAACUAAGAGUAGACCAAUUGUUUCGGCUAUGCCCCUUUAAAAUUAGGUCAUAACAGUAAUUGUAUAUCCAAUUUUGAGAAAAAGUUGCAAGUUAAAUUAUUGUCCGUAUGACUCUGUAUCGCACAUUUCUUCACAGGCUAUAUAUAUAUUCUGAUUCUUUAUUGUGCCCAA